GCGCUGGAUGCACCGCCAUGUACAUUUGAUUCAAAGCCUGUACACUUCCACUCCUUCAGAUUGUUCACCUAUAAUUGCUUCUUUGCUUUCGCUCCUUAACCACAAUGUCUGAAAGAUAUUCUCUGCGCCAAACUCCCAAGAAGACGGAACAUCUUGGUUACGUCCCAACUCCUGGUACUGCAGGUGCCCGAAAGGCCUAUAAUCGCCGCAAGUCGCAGUUCGCGGAAGAAGACGGUGACGAUUCCUCCUCUGCCACCGACACCUCCACCACUAAAACCGCAUCUCGACGAGCCUCGAGCCGGAAAGUCAGUAUGGUGAAGGAGGUACUCACAAAUGGGCACGCCGAUGAGGAGGUGGCUACCAAUGGACAUGCCAAUGGCUACACAGAUGGAGGAGCGGUCAAUGGAAAUGGAUACGGUACCAUGAGCCCAAAGGAUGUCCCUGUCGCAGAAGCUCGGAAAGUGGUGGAAGGUUGGGAGCCUGGGAAGGAUCCGAAGAUUGACUACUCCGGCCAUUUCGACUUUGGAGGUUCGAUUGGUGUAACCUGCAUGAUGAUUGGCUUUCCUACCCUCAUGUACUACAUGUGGAUCGGAGCCACGUUUUAUGAUGGAAAAUUCCCUACGCCUACACAUGGAGAAACGUUCCUCGAGUUUGUGAAACAUUGUGGUAACUUGGUCUACAAUUUCGCUUUCCCGAGCUUGUUCGCGUGGGAGAUUUACUGGGGAUACCUUAUUCUCGAGGGCGCUUUCUAUUGCUUGCUUCCAGGAGUCUAUGGGUACGGAAAGCCAUUGCCACAUGAGGGAGGAAAGCAAUUGAAGUACUACUGCUCCGGGGUUUGGUCAUUCUAUACGACUAUCGCGCUCAUGGCUGGCUUGCACUGCACUGGAGUCUUUCCUCUUUACACUUUGAUCGACGAGUUUGGGCCCAUCAUGUCCGUGGCAAUCAUUUCUGGCUUUGGUGUCUCAAUCGUGGCCUACUUCUCUGCCCUACUUCGAGGGAAGCAACAUCGCAUGACGGGAUACCCUCUGUAUGAUUUUUUCAUGGGUGCCGAGUUAAAUCCACGCAUGUUCGGUAUUCUGGAUUUCAAGAUGUUCUUCGAAGUUCGUCUUCCAUGGUACAUCCUACUUGGACUCUCCUGUGCCACCGCUGCCAGACAAUACGAGCAAUAUGGAUACGUCUCUGGAGAAGUUUGGUUUGUUGUCAUGGCUCACUUCUUGUACGCGAACGCAUGCUCCAAGGGCGAAGAGCUAAUUAUCACCACCUGGGACAUGUAUUUCGAGAAAUGGGGCUUCAUGUUGAUCUUCUGGAACCUUGCCGGUGUCCCAUUGAGUUACUGCCACUGCACAAUUUACCUCGCCAACCACCUUGACAGCAUUACCGACUACCCAUUCCGUAUUCCCUUCCUAGUCACUCUCUUUGGAUCUUACCUCUUCGUCUACUGGGUCUGGGAUACCACCAACUCUCAAAAGAACCGUUUCCGUGCUGCUGAAAGAGGAACCCUCGUGCCCCGGAAAUCGUUCCCUCAGCUUCCGUGGCAAGAAAUCAAGAACCCUCGCACGAUCAAUACCAAGACCGGCGAUUGCAUUCUGGCCGAUGGGUGGUACGGAAAGGCGAGAAAGAUUCAUUACACUUGUGAUUUCUUCUUUGCAUUCACCUGGGGGUUAAUCACUGGGUUCAACAGUCCAUUUCCCUGGUUCUACCCAGUAUUCUUUGCUUGCAUGAUCGUUCAUCGUGCAUACAGAGAUAUUCAAAAGUGUAGAUUGAAGUAUGGUGAGGCGUGGACCGAGUAUGAGAAGAUGGUUCCGUACCUUUUCAUUCCGUAUGUAUUUUAAUCCUAGUUUGUACCUUGCUCGAAGUUGGACAUAAGUGAUGGUCGAUCCGCGGUGGAGCUGUACAGGUUCGGAGUUUGCCUGUUGUCUGGAUAGUCAGUCGUCUUUAGGAUGAUAGACGAGUAGAAUAUGUUGUAUAAGGUUCAGUGCUGGGAAAAUGGCAUGGUUGUAGCAUUACCGGUGUCUUGCAUAGUUGAGUGGGCGGAACGGGAAGGGGAGGUUUUCUUGUGUACAGUACCGACCGUAUCAUGCAUGAUGCGCUACCUAUAAUGAAUCGUAAUACAUACCUAAUGCC